AUGGUCGAGGCGUAUGGCGGCUCCCUGAAAUGGAAACCAGACUUCUUGUUUGUAAAGGCACCCACGAGUUAUUGCCUGCCGUGGAAUCUCCGAGAGACGGAGGGUCUCUGGGCCAUAAAGGAUGAGUGGACCCAAGAGGAUGAAGAGUGCAUCGAAGAGCUCCAGGCAGAUGUGGAGAAGAUUCUGAAAUAUUCCAAGGUCGUUAAAUGGAACGACGUACAAUAUUAUGUGCCUCCUGAAUACACGAAGGAAGAUGAUACAGUCAACGUCGAGGCCACAGCCAGAAUUCUUCUCGAAACCCCUGUUGAAGAAAACCAAGAUUCUUUUGUCAUUGUGAAUUCAAAUGAGGACGUUACUAUCACUGCAGCGCCUCAGAAGAAGAAGAAGAAGAGGAUCGUAAAGGUUAGUGAUAGGACGAAAUCCAAGAAAGCUAAAACGGAUGCACCCUUGAAGGAAACCACACCGCUGGGUAACGAGACGGUGCCCCUUACCACUGAGUCUAUUCAGAAAUCUCUGCCGGAAGCAGGGCCAAGCAUUGUUCCCCCCAUGGCAGAUAAAGGCAAAGGCCCCCUUGAAGAAGAGGCAAUAAUCCUGCCUCCUCAACUGUUCGAGGGAGGGCCGUCCGUGGCAGUGCACACUUUUAGCAGCCCGCCGUCAAUCGAGUGCCCUGUCAUCGAGGAAUUUGCUGCUCAGCUGAAUGAAGCCGACAGCCGGAGACUGGUAAAAAGGGAUGAAGCGUUGUUUGAGGAGGUGACUCUCGAGGAGAAGGCCCGCCAAGUUCAAGCCAAGGAGGCUGAGAUUGCCAUGGUGCAAGCUAAGUAUGACGAGCUAGAUGAGAAGAUGAAGUCAUUCGCUAGCUUGCACAUCUCGAAAGAGGAACUGCAUCAAUGGUGUACUGCCUUCAUGUAUAAGAUGCUGCCUAUAGGAGGGAUGGCUGUAGCCCUCGAAGAGAUGAACUUGGUUGCCACCAAGUGCGGAGCGCACCGAGUUGGCAUGGCAGUGUUGAGGAGGCUUGACCAGGACAGGCCGAUUAAAGCUAAAUGGUUUAAGCAGCUCCUGAUGAAGGACCCGAAGAAAACCAUGCACGAGGCCAUGGUGAAGGUCUUGAUAAAUUUGAGCCUCGAGCAUCUACAUCUGUGGGAGGCUCUGACCGGCGCCAUGGCAAAAAUGAGUUCUCCGGCGGAGAUUGCCUCGUUUCCUGGCGGCGUUCCUGCUAUCCUAGCCAAGGGUCUACGUGAGGAAGACCCCAUACCUGAUGUACCCGAUGAGCACAUGGGUAUCGAGCUCGAGGACGCCGACGAAGCCACCGAGGACGUUGCUGAUACUGGCCAUUCUGGUGUCCAGAGAACUGUCGAGGAUGCCUUCCAAGACCCUUCCAAGGAUCCCCCUCCAGGCAGUGAUGCUGAUAGUUGGUCUGUCUACCGUGUUCACCUCAUGGUGCUAUCGGAGGAGCAAUCAAGGGAGUUCCCGCUAUAUUCAAUGACUAGCGAAAUUCUGAGAAGUCGUGCUGAUGUGCACAGCAUCGAGACGAUGGCACAUUUAGAGAAUGACCUCCUCGAUGCGAUGAGGAUGCACAAUGUAAAGGUUAAUCAGCAUCUGAUAAACGAGAUUAAAGGACUCCGUGAGGAGAUGUAG